AACAACAAACUUCAUUAUUGUGGUGUUGAACGAAAUGAAUAAUGUUCUGUGAAAAAUGCUGAAAAACUCUCUGAUUCUCUGUGAAUUUUCCCAAAUUAUCAUGUGAAAAAUGUACCCGUGAGUGCAUUGUACCGUUAUCACGUGCAUUUGUGUACCAUCUUAUGCGUGAAGUGUGUAAAAAGUGCGUGUAAAUAAGAUAGUGUGUCGCACAUUGGGAAAAUUUUCUUGUGCUCAGUGCGGAAUGGAGAAAAUUUAAUUGCAGCGUGACAGGAAGAAAAAAAGCAGCAAAUCGAUAAUUUGUGCUGAUUCAGUGUAAGUUCUCUUCCCAUUGUUUACCUGACUUGUCCAUCGUCACACGGCUUGAGGUGGCCUGGCCAACACAACAACACAAAGCUCUUUAUUUACCAUACCAACCUUACAUAAUCAUCGUGUGUGCACAUUAAUGCAGCUUUGAAUAAUCCACCAAAAACCCAAAGCAGGCAGGUAAAAUGGCAUGGAACAGCAAGUGUCCACACAUGGAGAAUGUCGUGCAACUUUCACUGGCGGAACUCUGCAAGCUCAAGCAGGGCAUCCCCUGCACUGAUUGCGAUGCCUGCGGUCCGAAUUUGUGGAUCUGCCUGGACAAAAAUUGCCUCUACAUGGGAUGCUCAGAGCAAUACAAUGAUCACAGCACCAAGCAUUUCAAGCUCCAUCAAACACACGCCAUCCACAUGAAUCUAUCGUCACAGCGUAUUUGGUGCUACCUGUGUCAGCAGGAAGUUUUCCUGGGGCCACAACGACGCCCCUCGGGUGUGAGUAGCAAUGAUUCGUCCGAGUCUCCGAGGCAUACGGAGAAGAUUUUAGUGUAUGAACGCAGUGCGGGUGGUGGGGAGUCAUGCGGGGAGAGUAGUGCUGAGGAGGAAGAUCAAGCGUGUGGGGGUGAUCGAAGGCAAUUCGGGGGUCUCGUUGGGUUGCAAAACAUUGCCAAUACGUGCUAUAUGAAUGCCGCCCUGCAGGCAUUGAGCAAUACGCCCCCACUUACGGGAUAUUUCCUCGAUUGUGGUGCCAUUGCGGACUACGUGAGUGAACAGAGUACGUCGCAGCAGCCACGGAAGCCGGGUCUGGCGAAGAGCUACCAUCGGCUCAUCCGGGAGAUUUGGUGUAGGAAUAAUAUGAGUAGUGGCUACGUUGUUCCCAGUGGGAUACUCCAGGGCAUACGAAGUGUUCAUCCAAUGUUCCGGGGCUUUCAGCAGCAUGAUACACAAGAAUUCCUGCGAUGCUUUAUGGAUCAGCUGCAUGAGGAAUUGAAGGAUAUCACACCACCACCGCCUGAUGUUUCACACCUCGACGGUGACUGUGGUGGGGACGAUGAGGAGGAUGAGGAAGGGGAUGAUGCGGAGGAUUCCUCGACACCGUCACCGUCGCAAUCGGAGGCGGAGUAUGAAACGUGCGAUAGUGGUGUGAGUGAGCAAUCAACGGCAUCCGAUGAUGGGGAAUCCGAUCAAAUGCCACAGCAGCAGCGUCGUCGGCGUUACCUUCCAGCUGUGCCGCAGCCACAGCAAAAUAUUCGGCGACAAGGAAGGGCGGUACAGCAGCACGCGUCUCAGGUGGCACAGCAGGUGGUGAAGAAUCCCCCAAGAAGGUCAAUUAUAAGUGAUGUUUUCGAUGGGAAACUCCUGUCGUCCGUGCAAUGUCUCACGUGUGAUCGUGUGUCAACGCGCGAAGAGACAUUCCAGGAUCUAUCGCUCCCAAUUCCGGGAAAGGAUCAUCUCACUGUGCUGCAUCAGACGCAACAAAUGGUGGCACCGGGUAUGGUGAAUAGCCCCUCAAUUGGUGGGGGUGGUAUCACGUGCACGGACACAGUGUACCAAGGUGGUCAGGAUGGAUGGCUAUGGUGGCUGUGGAGUUGGUUGCGUUCGUGGUUCUGGGGCCCAGCUGUCACCCUGCACGACUGCAUGGCGGCCUUCUUCAGUGCUGAUGAGCUAAAGAAUGACAACAUGUACAGCUGUGAGAAGUGCAACAAACUCCGCAAUGGCAUCAAGUAUUCACGCGUUCUGGCCCUUCCGGAGAUGCUAUGUGUCCACCUGAAGCGCUUCAGGCAUGAUCUCUCCUACAGUUCCAAGAUCUCAAGCCCUGUGCACUUCCCACUGCACGGUUUAGACAUGCGCCCCUACCUCCAUCGUGAUUGCCAGUCUGAAGUCUCAACGUACGACUUGACGGCGGUUAUUUGUCAUCACGGCACCGUGGGAGGGGGUCACUACACGAGCAUUGCACGACACGAUCCAUCGGGGAAGUGGUUUGAAUUUGAUGAUCAACUCGUGACGCAAGUUACACCGGAUGUCGUGCAAAAUUGCGAGGCGUACGUUCUCUUCUAUCGCAAGAGUAACCAUCAAAUUGCUCAGCUACGCGCCCAGGCGCUGGAGAUUGUUAACACGAGCCCCCCACAGGCGUCGGAUAUUCGUUUCUUCGUCUCGAAACAAUGGCUGAAUCGCUUCAAUACAUUCGCCGAACCAGGACCCAUUGACAAUUGGGCCCUUCUCUGUCCCCAUGGGGGUCUUCCGCCCGGAAAGGUGGCUCUUGUCUCGAAGCUCGUUGUACCACUGCCUCAGCCCCUUUGGGAUUUCUUCUAUGAGAAAUUCGGCGGAGGACCAGCUUGUAAUCAUUUCUUUGAAUGUGAUACGUGCAGAAGAGCAGCUGAAUCGCUGACAAGACGACAAAAGGCUGAAUUGGUGGCAUUUAUGUCGUACAAUGAUGAAUUCCGGAGCCUCGAGACUCCAUCGGUGAUUUAUGCAAUUUCAAUGGCCUGGUUUAGGCAGUGGCAGUUGUUUGCAAGGGGUGUGACUACCGAUGAACCAGGACCAAUUACCAAUGCAUCCAUUGCACAGUCUUUGGAUACAAUUCCCAUAAGGAGUGUUAAAGCGGGAUCUGAUUAUGCGCAGAUAAAUGAGAAAUUGUGGAAAUUCUUUCAUGGCAUUUACGGUGGUGGCCCGGAGAUUUUACUUCGUGGAAAUCCACAAGAUGAUGUGAAAUCACAGAGAAUUGAAAAGGCAGAAUCAGAAGAAAUGGAAAUGGAAGAUGUUCAGGAUACAUCAAUGCCGACAGUUGAGCCAUCGCACGAAGAGGUAAUUGAUGCGGUGGCAAAGGAGGAAGAUGUCCCGCCCGAAGUGCCGGAGGAGGAAACAAAUGGACCAACAGAGGAGGAAUCUGCGGACAUUCAACCACCGUCUGCCAUGAAAAUGGAUCCUCCGGCUAAUGGGGAGAAACGAAUACCGAAGAAUGUUUCCUUUGAGGAUGCCGAAACUCUUACAAAUGGCAGUGAGAAGGAUUCAUCGAGUGCCAAAGAGGAUAGUAGUACGAAUGUUACGGAAACAUCACGCAGUUACACGUCCAGGAAGAAGAUGCGUCAUGAAAAUGAGCGUGGAAAACGUGAAAAUAUGUACCGGAAACCAAUGAAAAAGUCACCAAAUCUCUUUGGGCCAGAAGGAAAAUUCGUAAAAAUCAUUCCUGAUGCUGAAAUAAAUCACCAAUCUGACCAAAAUUCCUCACCGGAUGACCCAAAAGGUGCUGCUACACCAAAGAUAAAUGGAGUGGCAAAUGAGGAUACAGGAGAUGUUCUACCGCUCCUCCAUACACAAUCCAUUCCCGCGGAGGUAACACACAAUGGCACGAAGCAGCCACAACAUAGCAAUUCCGGUCAUAAGAGUCAUCAUCGUCGGAAAAGGAUUUAGAAGAAGAAGAAAAAAAACAUUUAGGGUGAAAUUUUUGCUUUUCUCAUUGCUUUUCAAUUAAAAAAAAAACAAAACAAGGUGGAUGAAGGAAUUUUCCUUAUAUUGCGACAGACCAUCUCUAUAUAAUAUUAUAUAUUUAUUUUCAACUUGCCUUUUAACUCGAAAAUACAGAAAGAAAGAAAAAUUUAGCAAAAUGGUGCGGAAGAAAUUCCAUUUUUAUAAAAUUAAUUUUUCCUCUGUUCCAAAGCGACUGAUUGUGUUUGACGGUGGUUGGUGAUACAUCCCUCUCCCAGCUCACUACUUCCUAUAGAUUUGAUUGGGAAAAGAAAGGAAAAUUGUAGGGAUUUUCAGAUAUUUUCUCUCCUAAAUUUCUUUAUUGAAAAAAAAAAUCUGGAAAAAUUACCAAUUCAGUUAGCAAUAUUAGCUGCAAUUUCUGCAUUAAUUUAUGAAAAAGAAAAUGAGAGAAUUGUAAAUAAGAAAACCAUUGAUUAUGUUGAAUUAUGUAUAAUAAAUAAAAAUUGGUUUAAUGUUCACGCAAA